GGGCUGUUUCAAAAUCUCUAUAUAAAUGGCAGCUUUUCAGGUUCCUCUGUUCAGUAGGCUACUUGGAUUUUAAUAAACUCAUCUGUUAUCUUGCUAAUACUUGCCCAAUUGAUAUGGAGGCAUUUUGUGCUUAUGCUUCUUCUUCUUCUUCGUCUUCCUCGACCUUCUUGUCUCAGAAAAAUGGGCAAUCGGAGUACGUGAGGAGAGAAGUUUCAAGCUAUUCCAACGAUCUUCUCUGUGUUCGAAAGCCAAUAUCGAAACCCUGGAAGAAGCCGGCGAUUGCGCCGCUGCCACCGACUCGCCCCAGGGUCUACAAAGUCGACUCACUUAAAUUCAAAGAUUUGGUUCAGAAACUCACCGGCUUGCCUGAGCUCCCAUCUCCACGCCUCCAAAAAAUGGCUCCGCCGCCUCUUCAUAUUGCCCCCCGCCAAGGUUCCGGCGCCGCCGUGGAAGCCACCCCAUUUCUUCAUCCGUCGCCGGUGAAGCUGGAUGAGGCGUUCGACGGUGGCAGCUUUCUUGAGCUGAAUUUGUCGCCCUUCAACAAAAAUUGGUUCUCUUUCCCUGCUUUGAGCCCCGGAAGCCUUGCCAUUUUCGAUGCAAUUUAGAUCUACGGAUUAUAAUUCUUAGAUUCUGUUUCAAAUAAUAUAGAAAAUUAAAGACCGACCGUGCUUGGUUAUGUAAUAAAAAUAACAGACAUGCGGAGAUCAUGGGUACCUUCCGCA